UCCGGUUUACGUGAAGAGAAAAACCAUCAUAGGAAGCAGCUGGACAUGGCGAUGGCAGAACAAGGGUCUCCCACCGGAGUUGGUCAGAACUGCUGUGAUGGGUCUCCCACCGGGGUUUCCCAGGUUGACUGUGACAGCAGAAAAGGCGAUGUUCAAGGCCAGGUGGCAGCACAACAAGUCAACUUGGAUAACGCUGGUGAGAAACCCUACAUGUGUGGGGAGUGUGGGUACAGAGCAGCUUACAAGUCUCAGUUAUCCCGACAUGUGAGAACCCAUACAGGAGAAAAACCCUACAAGUGUGACCAGUGUGACUAUUCUGCAGCACUGAAACACAAUUUAGACCAACAUCUAGUCAAGCACACCGGUGACAAACCCUACAUGUGUGGGGAAUGCGGGUACUGGACAGCUCACAAGUCUGACUUAUCCAAACAUAUGAGAACCCAUACAGGAGAAAAACCCUACAAGUGUGACCAGUGUGACUAUUCUACAGCAUGGAAAUCUGCUUUGGGCAAACAUCUAUCAAAACAUGCCGAUGACAAACCCUACAUGUGUGGGGAGUGUGGGUACAGGACAGCUGACAGGUCUCACUUAUCCCGACAUAUGAGAACCCAUACAGGAGAAAAACCCUACAAGUGUGACCAGUGUGACUUUUCUACUGCACGGAAGUCCACCUUAGAUGAUCAUAAAGCAACACACACCGGUGAGAAACCCUACAUGUGUGGGGAGUGUGGGUACAGGACAGCUCAAAGGUUCAACUUAUCCCGACACAUGAGGACCCAUACAGGAGAAAAACCCUACAAGUGUGACCAGUGUGACUAUUCUGCAGCAUGGAAAUAUGCUUUGGACGAACAUCUAGCAAAACACACCGGUGAGAAACCCUACAUGUGUGGGGAAUGCGGGUACCGGACAGCUCACAAGUCUGACUUAUCCAAACAUAUGAGAACCCAUACAGGAGAUAAACCCUACAAGUGUGACCAGGAGUGUGGGUACAGGGCAACAAAGAAGUCUCACUUAUCCCGACAUAUGAGAACCCAUACAGGAGAUAAACCCUACAAGUGUGACCAGUGUGACUAUUCUGCUGCACAGAAAUCUGAUUUGGAUAAACAUCUAGCAAAACACACCGGUGAGAAACCCUACAUGUGUGGGGAAUGUGGGUACAGGACAGCUGACAGGUCCAGCUUAUCCCGACAUAUGAGAACCCAUACAGGAGAAAAACCCUACAAGUGUGACCAGUGUGACUAUUCUGCAGCAAAGAAAUCUGAUUUGGACAGACAUCUAGCAAAACACACCGGUGAGAAACCCUACAUGUGUGGGGAGUGUGGGUACAGGGCAACUCAAAAGUCUCACUUAUCCGAACAUAUGAGAACACAUACAGGAGAAAAACCCUACAAGUGUGACCAGUGUGACUAUUCUGCAGCACGGAAAGCUCAUUUGGACAGACAUGUACUAAAACACACCGGUGAGAAACCCUACAUGUGUGGGGAGUGUGGGUACAGGACUGCUCAAAAGUCUAACUUAUCCAAACAUAUGAGAACCCAUAUAUACUAGAGAAACCCUACAAGUGUGACCAGUGUAGCUAUUCUGCAGACACUAAGUCUGCCCUAACUCGACAUAAAAGAAUUCACACGGAGGCACCAAUUCUGCAACUGUGACCAUUUCGUAGUGACAUUUAAUGUGCAUAAUCUUCUCUUAAGUAUAGUUUUUCUGUCUUCAGACUAUAUGUAGCUUACGGAUACAGUACAAUAAUUUUGAAACCAUUUAGGCUAACUACAUUAUUUAUUAUAAGAUAUGCUUCUAGUAAUAUUUGCAAAUAUGCAAGUUUUUCCUGACGAAAUGUCAUAGGCACUUUUUGUCCACUGCAUUUUUAAUCACUGUAAAACUGUGGUUUAGUUACAAGAAUAAUUCUUAGCCAGACAAAUAUACUUUCUUUAACUAUCAACUGUAUAGUUUGGAAACGAAUCCAUCAUUUGAUAACCAGAUUUGUAAUUUUUGAACAGUAAACUUAAUUUGUGGUAGAACACCAAAAUUUGUUGGUAUUGAUUGGAUAAUGUAAAUGUACAGUAUUUAACAUCGCUAAGUGAUUGUAAACAGUAGUUGAAAGGUAGAAGCUAAUGUUGAGAUUGUAAGCAUCAAU